AUGCCAUCGCUUCCAGAUGAUCGACCACAGCCCCUCGCAGCAACAUCACCCUUGCCAACCGCCACGGCAAACAGCAAGUUCUUUAAAUCUUUACCUUCUGAGAUUCGACGUCGCAUUCUCAUAGAAGCAUUCGGUGGACGUACAGUACACCUAGAUUUACGCUUGGAACACCCAUUAAAGAAAUACUCAAAGAAAGAUCGUAACAUUGCCGAACCACGCCCUCAGCGACACGCGAACGCGCACCUAUUCCACCCAUCGUUACGUGACACUACUCAACCGCAAGAAUGGACAUGGUGGAGCUGCGUCUGCCAUGCUCGCUUCCCGAACUGGAAUUUUAAUCUGUAUCCUCCAGGAGUUAGUAUUUUUGAUGAAGAGCCAGCGAAAGAUGGUUGUCGCGACCCUUUUAUGUUGCCACGAUGCCUCUGCGUCCUCUAUCCUGGCCAUGCACCAGCCAAAUGUUUCAUUGGUGUUCAAGGCUGGUUGCUAGUUUGUAGACAGGCAUAUAUCGAAGGUGUCGAUGUGUUAUACUCUACGAACCGAUUUCAUAUCGCCUAUGCCGAGCUCGCUAUUCGUCUUCCGCGACUUCUGCCGCUACAGCACGUAUUGGCUAUCACAGCGGCUGAGUUAUCAUGGAAUCUAACUAUACCACCUAGUGAAUAUUUCCGUUGGGAUGCUAACGAUAAAGAUGGGCUAGAAAAGUGUGAUCGGCUCGCACUCUUGGCACGUUUACCACAAAUCUUACCCAACCUACGCUAUCUAUAUCUCUCAUUUCAAGAUGUGCUACGAAUGCGGCAACCUAUGCUAGCAAUUGGAGGACGAGAAAUGUAUGAUGAAAUAGAAGAGGUUCUACGAAAAGUUGACGCUAUGCUUGUACGAAUGUCGCGGCUUCAGGAGUGUCGCGUGGCCUUACCUUCGUCUCUGUACUCUACGCGUAAGCUCGUGGAAAAAGGUCGAGAUAUCGCUUGGCGUCACGGAAUAGACCCAGACCCUGAGACUCUAUGGAGAAAUAUCCCAACUUCCGACGUGUCUACUGACCUCAAUACCUCGAAUCAGUCGAUUAGCGGUUAUUGGAUCGUCCACGGUGUUGAGGAUAUGUACCCACCGCCACUCCCUGAAGCGGUUUAA